AUGGCAACAAACAACGGUGUCUUCAAAGGAAAGCAUCCAACGCGGCUCCAGAAACAAGCUCCGGCCACUCUCCAACUGGAUGUGGAUGAUCGGAUCCCCAACAACUUGUCUAAAACUGUGAUUCCGUUCUUAUCCCCUCUGGUACUCUCACCGGCUCCAUUGCCGGAAGUCAGUGAUGAUGAGAAGCGUUCAUUUGCCACACCUAACACAAACAAUAGUCAUGCAAUCGGAAUAAUUCCUCAAGUGCAACAAAGCAGUGGUGGUGGUGCUUCCGGUUGGCAACAUCCGGCGAUGGCAGGUCCAAUGGCUGACGCAUCGUCUCUCUACUCUUAUUUCCAUUCACAAUGCACGAUCCUUCCUCGUAAUCAAUGA